AUGGGAUCUCUAAAAGCUUCGGGGGAUGAUGGACUCUCUGCAGGUUUCUACAAAGAAAACUGGACCGUUGUUGGAAAUAGCCUGAAAGAGUUUGUUAUGAAUAGUUGGCAAGUCCCCAAAGCUAUAGCUGAUGUGAACAACACUCUCAUUGCUCUUGUGCCAAAAAUAAACCAACCUGAUUUUGUUAACCAACUCAGACCCAUUGCUUUAUGCAAUGUGUCAUAUAAAACAAUUACAAAAAUCAUAGGCAGUCGAAUCAAACCCAUUCUUGACAAUAGAAUUUCACCGGCUCAAUCCAGCUUUAUUUCUGGGAGGAGGAUCCAAGAUAAUAUCACUGUUGCACAGAAAAUCACCCAUUCUAUGAGAAAAAAAAUAAGGUAA